AUGUACAUGACAAUAGCAGGAGAGAAAGUACGUGCAACUGUCGACAUCACUGAAAACAUUGAUAACCAUCCCGUUUACAAUAACAGUAACAAUAGAGCUAUUAUAAUGGAAGAUAAUACUAACGUUAAUUUUUAUGCUACGGAAACAGUGAAAAUAUUGCAAGAAGAUAUUAUAGUAAAUAACGAACGAAUGAACUCGUAUCAUGCUGAGUGUACCGAUUUAUCAGCGAUCCUCGAACAAUGGCGGAGAAAUAUUAAUUUACGGAACAAUAGCAGUACAGUAGAAAAAAAUUUCAUUCGGAUAUCAUCUAAGAACGAUUUAGAUUUAGUAAAUAUCGAAGAGACACGGUACAAAUCGAAGUCUGUUCCUAUGAAGGAUCACGAAGUUAGUUAUCCUUAUCCUUUCACAGAUUAUAUUCAUCCCCGAUUUUGCGCCGAUUUUUCACCUAUAAGUACUUAUAGAAAGCCACACCAUCGGCUUGUCAGGAAUCUGAAAUCAAUUCCGGUUAAUCAUGAAUCGAAUUUAAGAGACGAUCGUGAAAGAACAAAAAGGACAAGAAGAUGGUUAAAUUCGUUCUUUCGUGGCAAACGGAAAAAAUUGAAUCAGAGUUCUUCGAUCGACGAAUAUUUUAAGUUAGAAGAUCAAUGGAAUAAAACGCAUUUAUUGCCGAGAUUGGUAGAAGCAUCGCAGGCGCAACGAAUUAUCAAUGAAACGACAUCCGGCUCACCCUCCACAAGCCAAAAUUUAAAUCUGUAUCAAAUAUUGAGAUUACAUUUGAUUCCUAAGAAAACUACAGCUUUCGUUAAGAAAAGGAGAAAAAGGAAUGUUAGAAAUAGAAAAGACAUAGGUGAGAAAACAACGAAUGUUUAUGAAAAAGAAAUCCAUGCGUAUUCGGAUAUUGUGCAGCUGCUACAUACGACCAAAUCGGAUAUCGAGUCUCAGUUAACUUAUAACACUGAACACCAAAGCGAAAUAGAUAGGUUACAGACAACUUUGAGCUGGUUAAAUCAAAUAGGAACAGCAACUGUGUCUAUUUUAGAUACGCAUGUUGUGUAUGAGGAAGAAAGUACUAAAGGGACUUCUAGGUGGCACGGAUAUGAUGAUUAUAUUGGAACAAUGGCAAUAACAUCGAAAGAAACAAUCAGCCUGUACGAAUCACAAAUAACUACACGUACAACGUCACAUACGAUAGAAAACAUCCCCAUUACCAGCAUGACUACGAUGCCGUCGCCAAUGCUUGAAACAACUCCGACCAAAUCCAUUAUUACUCCAACAACAAUGUCGCCAUCGACAACCAUGGAAACUACUAUGCAUGAAAUUACUGAUAUCACAAUACUAUUACCAACGACAACUACAACCUUCCAACCAACAACUAUGAAAAAGACUACUACAGAAGAAACUAUAAUUGCGACGACAUCGACACUUGAAACGACAACUAUCACUCACGUAACUGUUAAAAUGCCGUCACCAACGUCAGUGGAAACCACCACAAAAGAACAAACUGUUACAACGACACUCUUACACGACAUAACAACUACCAUUCCUUUAUAUACCACUGCCAUAACGUUGCCAACGACAAUGGCUAAAACCACUACGGAAGAAACUACUAUUACUACAACGGUAUCAACAUCUAUAUUUCCCAUUACCACGAAGUUUACAAUGUCGCAUUACAAAAUUGUGGCAACCACUGUAAAAGACACUUCUAUUACUACAGAACCAGUAACUGAAACAACAUCUAGCUCUCCCAUUACCACCAUGUAUACAAUGUUACCACUCACAUCUCUGGAAAUGUUUGUGGAACAAGCUACUGUCGCUACGACACUGAUUCCUGAAACGAAAUAUGUCUCUCCCAUUACCACCACUUCCACAAUGUUGCCUCCAAUAACUAUCAAAACUACUAGAGAAAAAGAUACCGUUAUUACAAUACCCAAACCUGAAACAACUCGAACUCCAAUUAAGACUUCAACUACACCGUUGCCGACAACAAAUACGGAAACAACUGCGGAAGAAUCUGCUGAUACUACUACAGCAACCAGGCCCGAAAUACCUACUAUAAUCGAUACAACUACAAUUACAGGGAAGCUACUAACAAGUGUAGACACCACAGCGUUAGAAACUACUGUGACUGCAUCGCAGGCCACUGAGACAAUAAUUAUCUCCCCUAUUACAGACACUACUACAAUGUCCCCUUCACUGUCUGUGGAAACAACUACUGAAGUAACUGCAGUUAUUACAAAACCAGGAAUUGAAACAACAACAACACCUACCACGACUACAGCCACACUGUCGCCUCCUACAAUAGUGGAAACAAUUGUGCAAGAAACUACUGUUUCUACAAUAGCUACACAAGAAACAACUACCACUGUCGUCACGACUACAGCCAUAACAUCGCCUCCUACAACAGUGGAAAAAGCUACAGAGGGAACUGCUGUUACUACAGCAACCUGGACAGAGACACCUACCACAGCCGUCGUGACUAGAACAACACUGUCGCCUUCCACAAUUGUGAAAACGACUGUGGAAGAAACAGAUGUCUCUACAAUAGCCACACCUCAAGCAAGUACAACUGCGGUCAUGACUACAGCCACACCACCGCCUGCUCCAACUGUGAAAGACACUACAGUGUCUACAACACACACGCCAGAAAAAGCUACCACUCCCUUCGCGACUACGACCACACUAUCAGCUUCCAUAACUGUGGAAACAACUGUGGAAGAAAUUACUGUUUCUACAAUAGCCAGGCCAGGAACAACUACCACUCCCGUCACGACCACAGGGACACCGACGCCUCGAACAACUGUGGAAACUACUAUGGAGGAAACUAAUGCUAUUAAAACACCCUCGAUUGAGACAGCUACCACUCCCGUCACGACUACAGUCACACCAUCGCUUCCGACAACUCUGAAAACAACUAUAGAGGAAGCUGCUGUUACUACAAAUCCGCGGUUUGAGAUAGCUACAACUACCGUCGUGACUACAACUACGCUGUCUCCUCCGACAACUGAGGAAACAACUACAGAGGAAACAGUUGUUACUACAUCACAGUGGAUUGAGACAACUACCACACCUGUCACGACUACAACCACAACGCCGCCUCUUACAACUGUGGAAAUAGCUACAGAGGAAACAGUUGUUACUACAUCAUCGUGGAUUGAGACAACUACUGCUACCGUCAUGACUACAACCACACUGUCGCCUCCCACAACUGUAGAAACUACUAUGGAGGUAACUACUGUUAUUGCAACACCCUGGAUUGAGACAUCUACCACUGCCGUCACGACUACAACCACACCGUUGCCUUUUACAAAUGUGGAAACAACUGUAGAGGAAACAGUUGUUACUACAACACCGUGGAUUGAGGCAUCUAUCACUCCCGUCAUGACUACAACCACACCGCCGCCUGUUACAACUGUGGAAAUAACUACAGAGGAAACAGUUGUUACUACAUCAUCGUGGAUUGAGACAACUACCACUACCGUCACGACUACAACCACACCGUCGCCUCCCACAACAGUAGAAACUACUAUGGAGGAAACUACUGUAAUAAAAUCACCGUGGAUUGAAACAACUACCACUCCCGUCACGACUACAACCACACCGUCGCCUAUUACAACUGUGGAAACAACUACAGAGGAAACAGUUCCUACUACAUUACCGUGGAUGGAGACAACCACCACUCACGUCACGACUACAACCACACCGCCGCCUCCUACAACUGUGGAAACAACUACAGAGGAAGAGGUUGUUAUUACAUCACCAAGGGUUGAUACAACCACCACUCCCGUCUCGAGAACAGCCACACCGUUACCACUUACAACCGUGGAAACAACUGUAGAGGAAUCAAUUGUUACUACAGCACCGUGGAGUGUGACAACUGCCACUCCCGUAACCACUACAACCACACCGUCGUCUCUUACAACUGUGGAAACAACUGUAGAGGAAACAGUUGUUACUACAUCACCGUGGUUUGAGACAACCUCCACUCCCCGCACGACUACAACCACACCGCCGCCUCCUACAACUGUGGAAACAACUACAGAGGAAGAGGUUGUUAUUACAUCACCAAGGGUUGAUACAACCACCACUCCCGUCUCGAGAACAGCCACACCGUUACCACUUACAACCGUGGAAACAACUGUAGAGGAAUCAAUUGUUACUACAGCACCGUGGAGUGUGACAACUGCCACUCCCGUAACCACUACAACCACACCGUCGUCUCUUACAACUGUGGAAACAACUGUAGAGGAAACAGUUGUUACUACAUCACCGUGGUUUGAGACAACCUCCACUCCCCGCACGACUACAACCACACCGCCGCCUCUUACAACUGUGGAAACAACUACGGUGGAAACAGUUGUUACUACAUCACCGAGGAUUGAGACAACCACCACUCCCGUCAUGACUACAACCACACCGCCGCCUCUUACAACUGUGGAAACGACUACAGAGGAAACAGUUGUUGCUACAACACCGUGGGUUGAGACAGCUACCGCUCCGGUCACGACUACAAGCACACCAUCGCCUCUUACAACCGUGGAAACAACUACAGAGGAAACAGUUGUUACCACAUCACCGUGGGUUGAGACAACUACCACUCCCGUCGCGAUGACCACUACACCGUCGCCUCUUACAACUGUGGAAACAACUACGGUGGAAACAGUUGUUGCUACAACACCGAGGAUUGAGACAACCACCACUCCCGUCAUGACUACAACCACACCGCCGCCUCUUACAACUGCGGAAACAACUACAGAGGAAACAGUUGUUACUACAUCACCGAGGAUUGAGACAACCACCACUGCCGUCGUGACUACAACCACACCGCCGCCUCUUACAACUGCGGAAACAACUUCAGAGGAAACUGUUGUUACUACAACACCGUGGGUUGAGACAACUACCACUCCCGUCGCGAUGACCACUACACCGUCGCCUCUUACAACUGUGGAAACAACUACGGUGGAAACAGUUGUUGCUACAACACCGAGGAUUGAGACAACCACCACUCCCGUUACGACUACAACCACAUCGUCGCCUCUUACAACUGUGGAAACAACUACAGAGGAAACUGUUGUUGCUACAACACCGUGGGUUGAGACAGCUACCGCUCCGGUCACGACUACAAGCACACCAUCGCCUUUUACAACCGUGGAAACAACUGUAGUGGAAACACUUGUUACUACAAUACGGUGGGUUGAGACAACUGCCACUACCGUAAUGACUACAACCACACCACUGCCUCUUACAACUGUGGAAACAACUACAGAGGAAACUGUUGUUACUACAUCAUCGUCGAUUGAGACAACCACCACUCCCUUCUCGACUACAGCCACACCGUUAACAAUUACAACCUUGGAAACAACUGUAGUGGAAACAGUUGUUACAACAUCACCGAGGAUUGAGACAACCACCACACCCGUCAUGACUACAACCACACCGCCGCCUCUUACAACUGCGGAAACAACUUCAGAGGAAACUGUUGUUACUACAAUACCGCGGGUUGAGACAACUACCACUCCCGUUACGACUACAACCACACCGUCGCCUCUUACAACUGUGGAAACAACUACAGAGGAAACUGUUGUUACUACAACACCGUGGGUUGAGACAACUACCACUCCCGUCGCGAUGACCACUACACCGUCGCCUCUUACAACUGUGGAAACAACUACGGUGGAAACAGUUGUUGCUACAACACCGAGGAUUGAGACAACCACCACUCCCGUCAUGACUACAACCACACCGCCGCCUCUUACAACUGCGGAAACAACUACAGUGGAAACAGUUGUUACUACAUCACCGAGGAUUGAGACAACCACCACUGCCGUCGUGACUACAACCACACCGCCGCAUCUUACAACUGCGGAAACAACUUCAGAGGAAACUGUUGUUAUUACAAUACCGCGGGUUGAGACAACUACCACUCCCGUUACGACUACAACCACAUCGUCGCCUCUUACAACUGUGGAAACAACUACAGAGGAAACUGUUGUUGCUACAACACCGUGGGUUGAGACAGCUACCGCUCCGGUCACGACUACAAGCACACCAUCGCCUUUUACAACCGUGGAAACAACUUCAGAGGAAACUGUUGUUAUUACAAUACCGCGGGUUGAGACAACUACCACUCCCGUUACGACUACAACCACAUCGUCGCCUCUUACAACUGUGGAAACAACUACAGAGGAAACUGUUGUUACUACAUCAUCGUCGAUUGAGACAACCACCACUCCCUUCUCGACUACAGCCACACCGUUAACACUUACAACCUUGGAAACAACUGUAGUGGAAACAGUUGUUACAACAUCACCGAGGAUUGAGACAACCACCACUCCCGUCAUGACUACAACCACACCGCCGCCUCUUACAACUGCGGAAACAACUUCAGAGGAAACUGUUGUUACUACAAUACCGCGGGUUGAGACAACUACCACUCCCGUUACGACUACAACCACACCGUCGCCUCUUACAACUGUGGAAACAACUACAGAGGAAACUGUUGUUACUACAAUACCGUGGGUUGAGACAACUAUCACUCCCGUCGCGAGUACAACUACACCGUCGCCUCUUACAACUGUGGAAACGACUACAGGGGAAACAGUUGUUGCUACAACACCGUGGGUUGAGACAGCUACCGCUCCGGUCACGACUACAAGCACACCAUCGCUUUUUACAACCGUGGAAACAACUGUAGUGGAAACACUUGUUACUACAAUACGGUGGGUUGAGACAACUGCCACUACCGUAAUGACUACAACCACACCGCUGCCUCUCACAACUGUGGAAACAACUACAGAGGAAACUGUUGUUACAACAUCACCGUGGAUUGAGACAACUACCACUCCGGUCGCGAUGACCACUACACCGUCGCCUCUUACAACUGUGGAAACAACUACGGUGGAAACAGUUGUUACUACAUCACCGAGGAUUGAGACAACCACCACUCCCGUCAUGACUACAACCACACCGCCGCCUCUUACAACUGUGGAAACGACUGUAGAGGAAACAGUUGUUACUACAAUAGCGCGGGUUGAGACAACUACCACUCACGUUACUACUACAACCACACCGUCGCCUCUUACAACUGUGGAAACUACUACAGAGGAAACAGUUGUUACUACAACACCAUGGAUUGAGACAGCUACUGCUCCCGUCACAACUACAACCACUCCGUCGCCUCUUAUAACUGUGGAAACUACUACAGAGGAAACAGUUGUUACUACAACACCAUGGAUUGAGACAGCUACUGCUCCCGUCACGACUACAACCACUCCGUCGCCUCUUACAACUGUGGAGGCUACUACAGAGGAAACUGUUGUUACAACAUCACCGUGGAUUGAGACAACUACCACUCCGGUCGCGAUGACCACUACACCGUCGCCUCUUACAACUGUGGAAACAACUACGGUGGAAACACUUGUUACUACAAUACGGUGGGUUGAGACAACCACCACUCCCGUCAUGACUACAACCACACCGCCGCCUCUUACAACUGUGGAAACAACUACAGAGGAAAAAGUUGUUGCUACAACACCGUGGGUUGAGACAACUACCACUCCCGUCGCGAUGACCACUACACCGUCGCCUCUUACAACUGUGGAAACAACUACGGUGGAAACAGUUGUUGCUACAACACCGAGGAUUGAGACAACCACCACUCCCGUCAUGACUACAACCACACCGCCGCCUCUUACAACUGCGGAAACAACUUCAGAGGAAACUGUUGUUACUACAAUACCGCGGGUUGAGACAACUACCACUCCCGUUACGACUACAACCACAUCGUCGCCUCUUACAACUGUGGAAACAACUACAGAGGAAACUGUUGUUACUACAAUACCGUGGGUUGAGACAACUAUCACACCCGUCGCGAGUACAACUAUACCGUCGCCUCUUACAACUGUGGAAACGACUACAGGGGAAACAGUUGUUACUACAACACCAUGGAUUGAGACAGCUACUGCUCCCGUCACGACUACAACCACUCCGUCGCCUCUUACAACUGUGGAAACAACUACGGUGGAAACAGUUGUUACUACAUCACCGAGGAUUGAGACAACCACCACUCCCGUCAUGACUACAACCACACCGCCGCCUCUUACAACUGUGGAAACGACUACAGAGGAAACAGUUGUUGCUACAACACCGUGGGUUGAGACAGCUACCGCUCCGGUCACGACUACAAGCACACCAUCGCCUCUUACAACCGUGGAAACAACUACAGAGGAAACAGUUGUUACCACAUCACCGUGGAUUGAGACAACCACCACUCCCGUCAUGACUACAACCACACCGCCGCCUCUUACAACUGUGGAGGCUACUACAGAGGAAACUGUUGUUACAACAUCACCGUGGAUUGAGACAACUACCACUCCGGUCGCGAUGACCACUACACCGUCGCCUCUUACAACUGUGGAAACAACUACGGUGGAAACACUUGUUACUACAAUACGGUGGGUUGAGACAACCACCACUCCCGUCAUGACUACAACCACACCGCCGCCUCUUACAACUGUGGAAACAACUACAGAGGAAACAGUUGUUGCUACAACACCGUGGGUUGAGACAACUACCACUCCCGUCGCGAUGACCACUACACCGUCGCCUCUUACAACUGUGGAAACAACUACGGUGGAAACAGUUGUUGCUACAACACCGAGGAUUGAGACAACCACCACUCCCGUCAUGACUACAACCACACCGCCGCCUCUUACAACUGCGGAAACAACUUCAGAGGAAACUGUUGUUACUACAAUACCGCGGGUUGAGACAACUACCACUCCCGUUACGACUACAACCACAUCGUCGCCUCUUACAACUGUGGAAACAACUACAGAGGAAACUGUUGUUACUACAAUACCGUGGGUUGAGACAACUAUCACUCCCGUCGCGAGUACAACUACACCGUCGCCUCUUACAACUGUGGAAACGACUACAGGGGAAACAGUUGUUGCAACAACACCGUGGGUUGAGACAGCUACCGCUCCCGUCGCGAUGACCACUACACCGUCGCCUCUUACAACUGUGGAAACAACUACGGUGGAAACAGUUGUUACUACAUCACCGAGGAUUGAGACAACCACCACUCCCGUCAUGACUACAACCACACCGCCGCCUCUUACAACUGUGGAAACGACUGUAGAGGAAACAGUUGUUACUACAAUAGCGCGGGUUGAGACAACUACCACUCACGUUACUACUACAACCACACCGUCGCCUCUUACAACUGUGGAAACUACUACAGAGGAAACAGUUGUUACUACAACACCAUGGAUUGAGACAGCUACUGCUCCCGUCACGACUACAACCACUCCGUCGCCUCUUACAACUGUGGAAACAACUACGGUGGAAACAGUUGUUACUACAUCACCGAGGAUUGAGACAACCACCACUCCCGUCAUGACUACAACCACACCGCCGCCUCUUACAACUGUGGAAACGACUACAGAGGAAACAGUUGUUGCUACAACACCGUGGGUUGAGACAGCUACCGCUCCGGUCACGACUACAAGCACACCAUCGCCUCUUACAACCGUGGAAACAACUACAGAGGAAACAGUUGUUACCACAUCACCGUGGAUUGAGACAACCACCACUCCCGUCAUGACUACAACCACACCGCCGCCUCUUACAACUGUGGCAACUACUAUGGAGGAAACUACUGUUAUUGCAACACCCUGGAUUGAAACAACUACCACUCCCGUCACGACUACAACCACACCGCCGCCUCUUGCAACUGUGGAAACAACUACAGAGGAAACAGUUGUUACUACAUCACCGUGGAUUGAGACAUCUAUCGCUCCUGUCACGACUACAACUAUUCUGUCGCCUCCCACAACUGUGGAAACUACUAUGGAGGAAACUACUGUUAUUGCAACACCCUGGUUUGAAACAACUACCACUCCCGUCACGACUACAACCACACCGUCGCCUCUUGCAACUGUGGAAACAACUACAGAGGAAACAGUUGUUACCACAUCACCGUGGAUUGAGACAACCACCACUCCCUCCUCGACUACAGCCACACCGUUGUCUCUUACAACUGUGGAAACAACUGUAGAAGAAACAGUUGUUACUACAUCACCGUGGAUUGGGACAACCACCACUCCCUUCUCGACUACAGCCACACCGUUGUCUCUUACAACUGUGGAAACGACUGUAGAGGAAACAGUUGUUACUACAUCACCGUGGAUUGAGACAACUACCACUCCCGUCGCGAGUACAACUACACCGUCGCCUCUUACAACUGUGGAAACGACUGUAGAGGAAACAGUUGUUGCUACAACACCGUGGAGUGAGACAACCACCACUCCCGUCGCGAGUACAACUACACCGUCGCCUCUUACAACUGUGGAAACGACUGUAGAGGAAACAGUUGUUGCUACAACACCGUGGAGUGAGACAACCACCACUCCCGUCACGACUACAACCACACCGUCGCCUCUUGCAACUGUGGAAACAACUGUAGAAGAAACAGUUGUUACUACAUCACCGUGGAUUGGGAAAACCACCACUCCCGUCUCGACUACAGCCACACCGUUGUCUCUUACAACUGUGGAAACAACUACAGAGGAAACUGUUGUUACUACAUCACCGUGGAUUGAGACUACUACCACUCCCGUCGCGAUGACAACUACACCGUCGCCUCUUACAACUGUGGAAACAACUACAGAGGAAACUGUUGUUACUACAUCACCGUGGAUUGAGACAACUACCACUCCCGUCGCGAGUACAACUACACCGUCGCCUCUUACAACUGUGGAAACGACUGUAGAGGAAACAGUUGUUGCUACAACACCGUGGAGUGAGACAACCACCACUCCCGUCACGACUACAACCACACCGUCGCCUCUUACAGCUUUAGAAACAACUAUAGAGGAAACAGUUAUUACUACAACACCGUGGAUUGAGACAGCUACUUCUCCCGUUACGACUACAACCAUACCGUCGCCUCCCACAACUGUAGAAACUACUAUGGAGGAGACUACUGUGAUUACAACACCUUGGAUUGAGACAUCUACCACUCCUGUCACGACUACAACCACACCGUCGCCUCCUACAACUGUGGAAACAACUAUAGAGGAAACUGCUGUUACUACAACUCCGCUGUUUGAGACAGCUACCUCUCCCGUCAUAACUGUAACCACACUAUCACCUCCGACAUAUGUGGGAAUAACUACGAUAGAAACUGUUGUUACUGCUACACCUGUUCCCGAAACAACUACUACUAUAAUAAUUACUGUGACGACAAUAACUGCACCCGAUACAUCAACUAUAGAGUUUACUACUGAAAGUGUUACAUCCGUUAUGGAAAUACCACUAACGACGGAAACAUUGUUAGAAUUUACCACAGAACUGUAUGCCGUCACUUCCGAGAUUUCUGUAUUUCCAUCUACCACGAUUUUUACUCUUCCUUCAUUGUCGACUGCAUCAGAAGUUAUAACAUUAUUCACUACAACUGAAAUAGUAAGUUGGAAAAGAAUUUUAUUUUCCUCCUAA